ACUCCGCGGAUCAUCUGCACGUCUUCAGAGCCUCGGAGCUCCUUUCCAGUCCCCCUGCGUUCUAGUUGGUACCUCCGAGUUUUCAGGUCAGGAGCCCCAGCGAGAGCUCCACACACCCCGGCCUCCAAGCUGUCUCUGCGUCUGUUCCCUUCCAUCAUCGUGGACAACGACGAUGACGACGAUGGAAACUUCACCAAAUGGAUGAGCAGCUACUGGGGACACGGAGGCAGAGACGAGCGAGCUAAGGAGCGCAAGAGGAGCUUCAGGAGGUCCAGACAGUCCACGAGUGACCGCCGGGCUUCAAUGCCCUGCAUGUCCCAGCUGGAGGCCAUGCGUCUGAAACAUCCUUCGACUCCCAGUCACUUAAAGAGCCAUGAGGAGAAGGAGGUGCGGUCACACCCUCACGCUCGCCGCGUCUCCUCGGACGAAUACAGAGGGAAUAAAGCUGUCGGAGCUGAGAGUCGCAUCAGCACCGUCCCUGAGCUGACGGAGUCCUUCAAGAGGAUGCUGCGCUUCCGCAACCACAGAGUCCCGUCACUGACUGAUUCGGAUAGCGCCUGUCUGAUCUGCCGUGAAGAAAUGCGCAGGAGAGGUGGAGAACCAGGAAGAUCAGGCCAAGAACUUCACUGUUCUCAUCAUCGCCUCCAUAAAGAGGUGCGGAGGCUGGAGCAGGGUGCGCGUCGACGUAGCCAGAGUUCUGCCACUGUGCGUGAAAACAGGAAGGAAGUACCAUUCUGCAGCGAGCAGGAAGAACACCGCCUGCCCCGCCAACAUCGUUCUCUACGCAGACAGCGCUGAGCUGAGACACACCGAGCAUUUCGAUACGAGAUCACAGUCAUGACUCAAUUCUUUCUCAGUAAAAUCUUUCCUUCCUUGCUUUUUAGGCUUUUUUUUUUGUUCUCCAAUUUUCCUGAUACGUUAUAGGAAACGUAACGCUUCCUAUUCUUGUUUCCUGUUUCCAUGGUACUUAAUUUGUCAGACCUGUUCUUUUGUGUGGUACAGGUGUGACUAAUUAAGUCAGGGAUUGAUUAGAUGUAGGAUCUCAGCUACAUUCCUAGUAUAAGAAGAAAAUAAAAACUUGGGGAAAAAAGAUCUGCAUAUUCUAUCCCUGUUUUUUUUUUUUUUUUUUUUGGCUUAAAGGCGAGUGCUCGAGUUUAAACUCAGUGGUUUAGACUUUAUGGAGAAACCCCAUGUUAGCGUGACCUACGCGAAGCUGAUUUUAACAAUAUGAAUGCCACGCCCUCAAAAAUCGAGCUAAACUGGCACGUAACUCAACUCUGAAUACGUGUAACUUUCUCCAUGCAAAUAUUCAUGUAACCUUUGGAGUUACGUCG